AUGUUGCGUACUCGUCGCAGUGCACAAUUAGCCCGUGCAGCUGCGGGUGAAACGACAAAAAGUAAUCCUCCAUCAACGAAAACUAGUAAUCUAUCGAAAGACGAGUCCUCUUCUUCACUUCCAUCUCCUGCGAAUGUUAAUGCAGCUCCUUCUUCACCGCCACAUAUAUUAGAGUUAAACGAAUGUGUUGGACGUUCAAUUAAAAUUUCGAUUAAUGAAGAAAUUGAAAUAAUAGCUAAACACAAUGCAUCACCGUUGCUAAUCAAAACACAAACGUCAGAUAAACAUGAAAAAAAUGAUAAGGAAGAAAAGUCGAUAGAAAAAGAAGAUUAUUCAGAUAAAGCACCGUUCGAACGUGCAUCGACAUUCAUUCGAUAUAUUGAACCGUUGCCAAAUGAACUCGAUGAAAAAGUUGAAUUUGAAAUGGAUGAAAUGGAUAUUGUUUGGCUAAGACAAGUGAAUGAAGAACGUUCGAAAAGAAAUUAUCGACCUGUAACUGGAGAUGAAUUCGAGUUUAUUAUUGAUCGUUUAGAGAAAGAAUCCCAUUUUCAAGCAUUAAGCCAAGGCGAUCAUUCAUCCGGACCGGCAAUCGACGAAGAUGCUUUGUGUUGUAUAUGUCUUGAUGGCGAAUGUUCAAACUGUAAUGCAAUAUUGUUUUGUGAUAUGUGCAAUUUAGCUGUACAUCAAGAAUGUUACGGUGUUCCAUAUGUACCGGAAGGCCAAUGGUUGUGUCGUCGAUGCUUUUUAAGUCCAUCAAAAUCCGUCCAGUGUGUAUUGUGUCCGAAUCGGUUUGGCGCAUUUAAACAAACUGAUGAUGGCGAAAGAUGGGCACAUGUUGUUUGUGCCAUAUGGAUACCAGAAGUUCAUUUUUUAAACACUGUGUUUCUUGAACCCAUUUGUGGUAUCAACUGCAUUCCAUCAGCUCGCUGGAGAUUUACAUGUUAUGUGUGUAAACAGAAAAAUGUUGGUGCCUGCAUCCAGUGUUCUCGUACGAGCUGUUAUGCCGCAUUUCACGUCACAUGUGCACAACAAGCAGGGUUAUUUAUGGAAAUUGAAGAAAAUAAUGAAAAUGAAUGUGAUAUUGAACAACAACAACAACAAACACAAGAAAAAGUUGAUAAAAGAACAAAUAAGAAAUCAAAAUUAGCACCAAUUAAACGUCGGGCUUAUUGUCAUGCACAUACGCCAUUAGAACACGUUACUUCAAAAACAAAAGGAAAAACCAAAAAAGACAAUGAGACUGGUGAAGAAGCAUUGAGACGUAUACAAAAAAUACGUAUGAAAAAGGCACGACGAAUACUCGCUGAAAGACGAAAAUCCGAUCGUUCGAUAUCUGUUCCCGUUAUACCAAAAGAAAAAUUGCAAUUAGUUCUUGAGAAGGUAAAGUUUUCCGAUCGCAAUAAUUUCAUAAAACGAAUUCAGGCAUAUUGGACACUUAAACGAAUGUCACGUAGUGGUGUGCCUUUAUUAAAGCGAUUACAAACACAACGUUCAACGAAGAAAAAAUUGACUUCGAAUUCGGAUGGAAAUGACAAACAUUUAGCAGAGCAGCUAACACAAUGGCGUCGUCUAAGACAAGAUUUAGAAAAGACUCGUUUGCUCGUAGAACUCAUACGUAAAAGAGAGAAAUUGAAGCGUGAUUUGGUCAAACUCGACAAACAAGUGUUAGAUAAUCAAUUACGUCCAUUUAGUGUAUUUAUAAUUCAUGUAUUAGAUCAACUACAACAACUGGAUGAAAAUCAGCAUUUUGAAUUACCCGUCGAUCGAGAAGAGGUUCCAAGUUAUUAUAAUUUCAUUACACAUCCAAUGGACUUUUCAACAAUGAGAAAAAAAAUCGAGCUUAAUGAAUAUGAAAAUUUUGCUCAAUUUGAAAAUGAUUUUGGUUUAAUAAUUAAAAAUUGUCAUUUUUUUAAUGAAGCAAAUACUGUUUUUUAUAAAGCAGCUACAAAAUUACGUGAUAAGGGUUUAGCAUUACUUAAACAAGCAAGACGAGUGUAUGAAAGUACGCAAGCUGAUUCUAAUCGUUUAUCAACAUCGUUACAGCAAAAUCAAGACGAUGAAGAAGAAAUGGAUGAUGUACAUGUUUCAAGUACAAGUGAUAAUAAUGUUAGCUUUGAAGAACGUUUAGAUGUACUGUUACAACGUUUGAAAGAAUACAAUUCUAUUGGUAGUCGAUCGAAACGAGUAGUUAAUUUAAAAAAGCAAAUUGCUAACGUACGACAAAAAUUAAGUAAAAAAAUGUCUACAUCAUCUUUUGAAAACGAUGAAAAAGGACUUGAUGACGAACAAAGAAAGAAAGAUCAUUCUAAUGGAAAAGAGAAAAAAGAAAUAAAAGAUGACAAUGAGAUUGAUAUGGAUUGCAGUACUUCUCAAUUGACAACAACCAGUGUCGGCGACUGUUCACCAACUGUAUCAUCUUUGAAUAUGACAAAACAAUCAUUAAGAAAAAACAGUACUCUAGAUAAAGUAGAUAAAUCUGAAUCGUUAAAUAAUACAAUAAAAUCUGUGUUGACUGAGACAGCAGUGGAUGGUUCAUUCACCAAUUAUCAAAAAGGUCGCUUUUCUUUCUCAGUAACCAAUAGUGGAUCAAGCAAUGCUGAAACACCAACGAUGAGCAAUGAUGAUAAUGAAAGCUAUAAAUCGGAUGCUGAAUUGCAUAUCGCUUCACCUCAAACAAGUAAUGACUCUCAUUUACCUUCUUAG